AUGACGAUUGAAGGCAACAAGGACGAAGCAGACAAAUGUAUUGAAAUCGCCCAAAAUGCUUUUUCUGCUGGUAACGUGGAAAAGGCCGAGCGGUUUUUGUUGAAGGCCGAACGCUUGUAUCCUACGCCGCGAGCUAAGGAACUUCUUAACCGUGUUAGAGCUGCGGGUCCGUCGAGUGCUGCACCAAAACGAACUCCACCAAGUACGCCUAGCGCUGAGGAUGUUAGGCGAAGAAAAGCACCAUCACAUCAGGCGCCUCAAAGAGAAUACACUCAGGAACAAUUAGCCGCUGUCCGAAGAAUCAAUACUAAAUGCAAGGACUAUUAUGAAAUAUUGGGUGUGACCAAGGAAGCCACUGACUCUGAUAUUAAGAAGUCCUAUAAAAAGCUAGCUCUUCAGCUACAUCCUGACAAGAAUCAUGCGCCAGGAGCCGCUGAGGCUUUUAAGGCUAUUGGUAAUGCAGCAGCAAUCCUCACCGACCCUGAGAAGAGAAAGCAGUAUGAUCUGCGUGGUGAGGAACCCGUGCACUCGCCCCACGCACACCAUCAGACGUAUUACGCUCGUGGGUUCGAAUCUGACCUUACCGCUGAAGAGUUGUUCAACAUGUUCUUCGGGGCGACUGCGUUCCCGGGCGGGGGACCCACGGUGUACAGCCGACGGCGCGCGCGCGAGCCGGAGCCGCGCGAGGCUGCGGGCGGACUGGUGCAGCUGCUGCCGGUGCUGGUGCUGGUGCUACUCUCCAUGAUGUCCGGCUUCUUCAUCAGCGAGCCCGUUUUUAGCCUGACGCCCAGCUUCAAGUACCCGGUGCCCAGGGAGACCGUCAACUUGAAGGUACCAUACUAUGUGAAGGAGAACUUCCACACCGACUACCAAGGAUCCUUAAGGCGACUCGAAAUGGCCAUAGAAGAGGAGUAUAUAGUGGGUCUACGUCACGCGUGUCAGCGUGAGCGCAACUAUCGCGACAGCAUGGCGUGGAAAGCUCGAAACUUUGGCGAUUCCAAACAGUACGCCGAUGCGCAGAGACUGCGCACGCCCAGCUGCGAGAAACUGCAGAACCUGCAGCGAUAA